AUGCAGGAAGAAUCCCGAUUCCUUUCUAGCAUUCACGUCUACCAGAGAGACAACACGUUACUUCCGACCCAGCUCCCAUCUCAAGCGGUCCAGCAGCACCCGUGGAGAACCGAUGUGAACCAUCUCGGCCCGCCCCAGUCUGUUCUGUCUCACGGUCUGUUCAGAGUGCUCCAAAGCAAUGGAGAUGCCGCUUGUCUCAACGUACACUACACGGACCUUUGUGACCCUCCUGACCUGUACGCUGCGCUCCGUGAGGAGCAGAUCCCUCCACCCUGUGAAGAUAUGAACCCCGAGGACCCCGGCAUGAUUCCCUGUGAGCAGGAGUUAAGAUUUGAAGGCGAUCUUUACACCCCGAGAUGGAUUUGA